CUGGCUCACAGGGGAGUCAGUAGAGUGAGUGCUUGGAGUGGGUCUUCAUGCUGCCGACCCUGUCCAUCGGGUCCUGUUCCUUUCAGGAUAUUCAACCUCUGACCUGCCAGCAUGAUUAGCCCCAAUGUCCCUUGGCCCGAGCAAUGCCCCCAGCCUCUGCCCCUUCCACCCUCUCAACCAGGUGGUGGCAAACGCAGUGGCUGCCCUCUCAGAGAUCGCUGAGUCUCACCCCAGCAGCAACCUGCUUGAUCUGAACCCGCAGUCCAUUAAUAAGCUGCUGACAGCCCUGAACGAGUGCACCGAGUGGGGCCAGAUCUUCAUCCUGGACUGCCUGGCCAACUAUACACCCAAGGAUGACCGGGAGGCCCAGAGCAUCUGUGAGCGGGUCACCCCCAGGCUCUCCCACGCCAACUCUGCUGUGGUGCUGUCUGCUGUGAAGGUGUUGAUGAAGUUCAUGGAGAUGUUGUCCAAGGACCUGGACUACUACGGCACACUGCUGAAGAAGCUGGCCCCGCCCCUGGUCACGCUGCUGUCAGCCGAGCCUGAGCUGCAGUACGUGGCCCUGCGCAACAUCAACCUCAUCGUACAGAAAAGGCCUGAGAUCCUGAAGCACGAAAUGAAGGUCUUCUUUGUGAAAUACAAUGACCCCAUCUAUGUGAAGCUGGAGAAGCUGGAUAUCAUGAUCCGCCUGGCCUCCCAGGCCAACAUCGCCCAGGUCCUGGCAGAGUUGAAAGAGUAUGCAACAGAGGUGGAUGUGGACUUUGUACGGAAGGCUGUGCGAGCCAUCGGGCGCUGUGCCAUUAAGGUGGAGCAAUCUGCAGAGCGCUGUGUGAGCACGCUGCUUGAUCUCAUCCAAACCAAGGUCAACUACGUGGUCCAGGAAGCCAUUGUGGUCAUCAAGGACAUCUUCCGCAAGUACCCCAACAAGUAUGAGAGCGUGAUCGCCACACUGUGUGAGAACCUGGACUCCCUGGAUGAGCCUGAGGCCCGGGCUGCCAUGAUUUGGAUUGUAGGCGAGUACGCCGAGCGAAUUGACAAUGCUGAUGAGCUGCUGGAGAGCUUCCUGGAGGGCUUCCAUGAUGAGAGCACCCAGGUCCAGCUGCAGCUACUGACAGCCAUCGUGAAACUGUUUCUGAAGAAGCCUACAGAGACCCAGGAGCUGGUGCAGCAGGUCCUCAGCUUGGCCACUCAGGACUCUGAUAACCCGGACUUGCGGGACCGUGGCUACAUCUACUGGCGUCUGCUCUCCACGGACCCAGUGGCUGCCAAGGAGGUGGUGUUGGCUGAGAAGCCACUCAUCUCUGAAGAGACGGACCUCAUUGAGCCCACACUGCUGGACGAGCUCAUCUGCUACAUUGGCACCCUGGCGUCUGUCUACCAUAAGCCUCCCAGUGCCUUUGUGGAGGGGGGCCGGGGCGUGGUGCACAAGAGCCUGCCACCUCGCACUGCCUCGAGCGAGAGCACAGAGAGCCCCGAGACAGCCCCUGCCGGAGUGCCCUCUGGUGAGCAGCCAGAUGUCAUCCCCACCCAGGGCGACCUGCUGGGUGACCUCCUCAACCUGGACCUCGGCCCCCCGGUGAGCGGCCCACCCCUGGCCACCUCCUCAGUGCAGAUGGGAACUGUGGACCUUCUUGGUGGAGGCCUCGACAGCCUGAUGGGGGAUGAGCCUGAAGGGAUUGGGGGCCCCAACUUUGUGGCACCCCCAGCAGCAGCAGUCCCAGCCAACCUAGGAGCAUCCAUGGGCAGUGGCCUGAGUGACCUCUUUGACCUGACCAGUGGCGUGGGCACGCUGUCAGGGUCAUAUGUGGCCCCCAAAGCAGUGUGGCUUCCAGCCAUGAAGGCCAAGGGGUUGGAGAUUUCAGGUACCUUUACCCGCCAGGUGGGCUCCAUCUCCAUGGACCUGCAGCUGACCAACAAGGCCCUACAGGUCAUGACUGACUUUGCCAUCCAGUUUAACCGCAACAGCUUCGGCCUGGCCCCUGCUGCCCCCCUCCAGGUGCACGCACCACUCAGCCCCAACCAGACUGUGGAGAUAUCCCUGCCUCUCAACACGGUGGGCUCGGUCAUGAAGAUGGAGCCUCUGAACAACCUCCAGGUGGCUGUGAAGAACAACAUUGACGUCUUCUACUUCAGCACUUUGUACCCACUGCACAUCCUCUUUGUGGAGGAUGGGAAGAUGGACCGGCAGAUGUUCCUGGCCACGUGGAAGGACAUUCCCAAUGAAAAUGAAGCCCAGUUCCAGAUCAGAGACUGCCCCCUCAAUGCGGAGGCUGUGAGCAGCAGGCUACAGAGCAGCAACAUCUUCACGGUCGCCAAGAGGAACGUGGAGGGCCAGGACAUGCUCUACCAGUCCCUGAAGCUGACCAACGGCAUCUGGGUGCUGGCGGAGCUGCGUAUCCAGCCGGGCAACCCCAGCUUCACGGACCUGGAGCUGUCCCUGAAAUGUCGAGCACCAGAGGUGUCCCAACACGUGUACCAAGCCUACGAGACCAUCCUCAAGAACUGAGGCCCCAUCCAUUGCCCACCCCAGCCUUCUGCCAGCCCCAACAAGGAGUCCCUGGGAGUGGCAGCACCUCCUUUCUGGAGAGGCUGAGCAAGGCUCCUGGCCACCAUGGAGUUCCCUGGUCCUGACUGCCGGGCCCGCGUGGGUCCUCAGGGCAGGGCAGCAUUCCUCCUGGAGUGAAAUCUCAGUGUACCCCUGUGCUCGGGGACUCCCCUCUUCCGUUGCUGCUGACAGGGUCAGGUGAGGAGGGGACCAAAGGAAAUAGAGCCAGAGAGGCCACAGAAGCUGAUCAGGCAGACCCAGGGUUCUUCUCUUCCUUUUUCCGAUCAAUUCCUGAAGGGUGACUGUGUGGCUCCCUCCUCAGGCUCCUGGCUUCUCAUGAAGCCCCCUGCCCCUCAGUCUCUCUUGGGUCAGUGUUAGAGGGCCUCCCCAUGCCCGCUCUCGGGCCAGGCUGUCCUGGUGUGUGUGGAGAGUCCAUUGGUGUGCCAGGAAAGCCCCUCUGUCGGGUCUGGGGCUCCUGGGGCCUACACCCCUACCCUCCCUCUCUGCAUCCACCCAGGCUGGGCCCCUGUGGUUGUGCCAGUCGGGCCUCAGCCUCCUGAGCACUGACCCAUACGGGCAAGAUGGGCAGAAACGUCCAAAGCCCCGGCCCAGGCUUCUGCUCCCCGGCAGUUGCACACACCCACUCACCCCACUCCUUCUCUUGCCCCUGAAGAUGGUGACUGCCUACAAUAUAGUCCUUGGCGUCCCCUGUGUUCCUGGAGCAGAGACAGGACUGAGGGAUGGGGCACUUGGGUGAGCGGGGUGCUUCCCAUCUAGGGUUUCUUUGGGGUUUCUCCUUAGUGUCUGCUGCCCUCCCCGUGGCCUCCCAGAUUUCAGUUGUGUCGGACAGAGCAUUAGGUUUUCCUGUACUGCUGUUUAAUAAUAAAGAAAGAUUCUGCUUUUGGCAA